CUCAGUUGUUGAACACAGUAAAUAAAACUUGUUACUCAACAAAUUGUCAAUUGUUGCCAACUUGGAUAGAAAAAAUAGUGUUCUUUUCAACGAUGGCAAUGCUUAGGAAUCGCCAAGGGGGACUUCAGACCCAUCAAGAACUUGAAGAUGAAAUGUCCAGAUUUGAAGAAGAAAUUUCUGGUCAUACGAUUGAUCGACCGAUAAUUGCUUCAAAACCAUUUUAUGAGGCAAAUCAGACCAUUCAUGAUGGACAUGGAACAGCUGUAAGACACCACCCAGGCAACUUAGGUCAUAAUCAAGAUCCCCAAUUUAUGUCGGGUUACCCCCCUGGUGGUGUGAAUCGAGGAGAUGGUGAGUUGCCUUUGACUCCACAUCUAAGUGGAUUUCCCUCUGCAAGUCAAAGCCAAAAACAUCAAGUCAAUAUGCCUCCUCAUGUACACCAAGAAGGGUUACAAUCUCAACAUCAACAACAACACAUACAAUCUCCUGCAGUCUCAUAUCAUCCAGCUCCCAACCAGCAGUUUCCUGUUCAGCAAGUACCAUUUCCAAUACCACCAAUGCCACCACAAAUUCCAUCUCAUUUUCAUUCCGGAAUGCAACAAAAUAUAAUUGGUGGUAUGGUUCCAUUGGUACCAAUGCAGGUUCCUUCAAGACAAAAAGCACCUGUGGAGCAUGUCAGUAUCACACCUGAACAGAAAAGAGAAUGGGAAUCUGCCUAUGGAAACAAUGAUAUGGCUGGAGGGAAGGCCAAGAAAAAAGACAAAAAAUUUGUCAGAGUUGCAGGAGGUGUAGUUUGGGAAGACACUUCACUUGCUGAUUGGGAUCCAAAUGAUUUCAGAAUAUUUGUUGGUGAUCUCGGGAAUGAAGUGACAGAUGAUGCACUAACAAGAGCCUUUGCAAAGUAUCCUUCCUUUCAAAAAGCUAAAGUUAUAAGGGAAAAGAAAACUAACAAAACUAAAGGAUAUGGAUUUGUUAGUUUCAAAGAUUCUGGGGAUUUCAUUAAAGCAAUGAGAGAAAUGAAUGGCAAAUAUGUGGGCAAUCGACCAAUCAAACUUCGAAAAAGUUCAUGGAAAGACAGAAGUAUAGAUGUUGUAAAAAAGAAAAUGAAAGAAAAAAAGAAAUUAGGUCUAAGAUAACAACAUACUUGUGGUGUUCUGCAAUAUGCCAGAGUUUUAGUGCUAUAUUGUAAACAUUCAUUAUGUUUGUUAUAUUACUAAUGUUUAACAAAUUGUAAAAUGUAAAUCAUAAAAGUGAAAAAAUGUGGUUAGUUUUAAUCACCAAACUGUAAAUAGUUAAUGGAUUGGUUAUGAAAAUAUUUUUUAAUCAAUUACAGAAAUUUGGUCUUUUUAGGUGUGAGGAAAAAAGCAUGAUUUUUGCAUAACCAACAAAAAGAAACUAAAGAAAAAUAAAAUAUACUUUACAUUUAUGAA